AUGUCGUUAACGUCGAGGGACUUCUUUAAGGAAUUGAUAGAAAGACCAGGUUGGCCAGCUUCUUUUACGAGGCGUCAAACGUUUCACCUCGUUAAAAGGUAGUGGCUCGUGCCGGCAUUGGCAUUAAGUAAUGCGAUACGGUCCGUCGCCGACGAAGACGAAGGAAGCGAAGAAGAAAACGAAGAAAACGGGAGGCAGAAGCGGCUGAGAAAAGAAACCAGGCUGGCAGAACUUUCCGAAUCCAAAUGGGGCCUGGUUGCUCGCAAAACGAUGUAUUAUGUAUACGGAAUAAAUGGAAUAGAGAGCAGCUCGAGCUUGGGUCCUUCGGAACCAAUAGGGCGAGCUAACGGUCCUGCCAUCGAACAUAUUGCCAUGGUCACGUGUAUGCGUCCCCUCUGCCACAUAUCCUGCCAUCCUGGAUAAGUUUUCGGAUGGAAGAAGUAGCGAUGUGGAUAAAUUCCCCGAGCUUCCGAAACUUCCACGCAACGGCGAAAGUGCAGAUAUAAGCACAACUACGUAGAAAGUCCACGCACAAUGCUUAAAGCGAGACGCCGAUCUAUAAAGAGCUUAAAACCUAUCCUGAAAUUGCUUCUUAUUCUGUUCUCUCUUCAAAGUUUUCACACUCCGUUCCACCGCCUUGCUAUAGCCGAAGUUUUUGCUCUGUGCGAAACUGUUUCAUAUGUAUCCUAGCUGUAACAAUUAAAUAUGUGCUGUAUCUUUCCACGAUCGAGUAUUUGACCGAAUUAUAAGACAUAACUGUAAGUAUUGCAAUCAUCGUGAUAAAAUGACAAAAAGAAAAAAAAAAAUUAUUGAAAGUUCAUCGAAUAAUCGACGAGUAGCAAAAUUAUUACAAUUUUUUGUAGUCACACAGCAAAAUACAAUAUCAUUUAUACGAAUAAAUUCUUUCGUGAAAAUACAGAGUGAAAAUUAUAUCCUGUGUUACUGAAAGUGAAUAGAAAUAAUUCUUAUUCUUUUACGUAUCAACGUUUGUUUUUCAUCACCCAUGUAAUUUUUUAGUCAAGUUUAAUGACCUAUGAUAUCAUGACCUCGAAAUGAUCUUAUAUAGUAAAAUAUCUUUUCUUAUUUCUUAUAGUACUCUUACAGUGCAGUAAUUUACUCUAUAGUAGUAUUACUUCUUAAUUCAUUAUCUAAUCUACUCCAUUCAUUUAAAUGAAAUUUUAGUCAAUUAAACAAAUUGUGAUUGGUUGAAUCCGCUUAUUUGAGCUUGAACAUUCUUAUUGUACGUAUUAUAUAAACAAUUUAUCUUCUGAUAAGUUUACACACAAGUAGAAUUUGUACUGCAAAUUAAACAAUUUAUUUACACAUAUUAAAUUAAACAGUUUUAGAAAUAUUGCAGUAAAUUAGAAAUACUUUUUGUAAGUUUAUAUAGUUCUACUAUAUCAUUAAUUAGCAUUCACAAUUUAUAUUUUACAUAUUAAUCGUUUUCGUUAUUUGCUGAGAUAUUGGAAAAUCAUUAUCGGUGAUUCGAAUUUCUUAUUCUGUUUAUAUUAAAACUAGUUAAAUUAUAAAUGUUUCGUAUUUACGAGACAGAAGCUUUUCGUGAAAAACGUUCUUAAUAACAGAUAAUAUAAAACAAUAAAUUUAGAAAGUAGGUUAAAUUAAUUAUCAGUAUCGUGCAAUCAUUUAUUUCGAACAUUUAAUUUAAUAAAAUGAGCUGAUAGAUAGCCGUUGUUUUAUUAUUUGUUGUUUGAAUUCAUUUUUUCAAUUUAAGUCCAUUUCGUGACGUCGUCAAAUAA